UGGGAAUGGCGCUGACAAAUUGAACUGCUGAUGUAUUUACAUACAGUCCAUACACCCUCGCCUCCCUGUCUUUUGAGCUGUAUUUCUGUAAUUUACUGCCCCCGACAGCGUUAGUCAUCAAUCUCACUGAUGGUGAUUUCGAUACUCUUCCAUUCAUCAUACAUACCUACUUCCCAAUCCUCAGUCUUUCUCUGACUCGGAUUAAGAUACCGGUGGAUAAGUUUCUUCCUGUCCAUAAAAGCAUGGAAUAGUUUCUGUUUGUAUCGCAGAUCGAACUGAACAGCCUAGGACUGGAUCGGGCCAAUCAGUGCUGCGCAGCCUGCAGGCUUCCUGAUUAGAAAACACCCAUGUUGCAGCUCUAAUUUGACUUGCCAUUUCGCAAGCGACAACUCGAGAUUGUUCAUGAAAAUAGUUACAGGCUCUACACCAUUGUCAGACCAUGUCCCCUCCACCCCGGGACCGCGUCCCCCGAGCCUGCGAACUCUGCCGUUCGCGAAAGAUCAAGUGCAACGGCGAACAUCCAUGCAGUGGCUGUGCCCGCCAUCCAGACCGCUGCACCUAUCGCACUGGCCAGAUCCGCAAGAGACGGACCCGUGUAGCUAAGGAGAGGGGUCUUCCCCCGAGGCUUCCUGCCGCUUUGCUACCGGCUACCGUGGAGUCCCCCAUCACGCCGCAGGAUUCGGUGUCCGCAUGUCUAGACGAUCCAGAACACUAUAAGCGACAGCAGGAGCUGAGAGCCGGUAUUGGCGUUGCGAAUCCCGAGACGGGCAAUUUCCAGUUCUACGGACCAUCGUCUGGGUACUGCUUCCUCCAGCGCGUGUACCAGCGGAUCAAACAGUCGUCUGGCGGCGAAUCGCUGCUAGCUCGUCGCAGCUGCUCUGUUCCGGACGGACUGCAGAAAUGGGGCAUGGACCGGUUCAUGUUCAUGCCCGGGUCCGACGGGGACCUGCGGGGCGGCCAGCGCCCGUCCCAGGCGUUUAUCCCCCGCUCCCUGGGAGAUAUGUUUAUUGAGGCGUACUUCAAGAUCAUGCAUCCGCAGAUGUCGGUUCUCGUGCACUCUGAGAUUGUGGACGAGUGGAACCAGAUGUGGGAGGCGCCUGUGCUGGGCCGUGUGGCCAAGAACCAGGAGAUCCUCUUCAUGGUUCUGGCGAUCGGCGCGCGCUUGGUCAAUCUGAAGGGGAGGCAGCCCGAGGCUCAGGUGGAUGGGUGGGGCGAGUACUUCGCCAGCAGAGCGUCCGAGGGACCUAUCUUUCUCCAGGAGCCGAGUAUCAAGGGCAUGCAUUUGAUGCUACUCAAGGCUAUGUAUUCGCUGCAACUCAUGAGACAGAACGAUGCAUACCUCUACCUCGGCCAUGCCACGCGCACAGCCAUGGUGCUGGGCUUGCACCGGUCUCAAGUCACCGACGGACGCGACCACAACGCACAUCGACUGCGGCUGACCUUCUGGACGACGUUCGUCUUCGAACGCAUCUCGUCCGUAGUCAUGGGGCGACCCUCUGCAUUCUCUGACCGACAGAUCGACUCCGUCUACCCAGACGACUUCCUCCUCAACAAAGACGACCCCUACCACCAGCCCUCAGUCGAGUGCGCUUUCAUCCGAUCCAUGAUCGACCUCGCAAAGCUAGCAGACCGCAUCUCGAUCGAAGUCUACUCCCCAGCCAGCAUCCAGAGCGUCGCCGACCUAGCCAAAGUCAACAAUCUGUGUCUCGAAUGCGACACCGCCCUCAAAGCCACCAACCGCUCCCUCCCCUGCUACCUCCACUUCUUCGACGACACCACCCCCAUCGGCGAAGACUGGCAGGAAGUCCAGCGCAUCAGCCUCGGCUUCAGCUACUACGUCAUCCGCAUGCUGCUGUUCCGACCCGCCCUUGUCCUCACCACCUUCUUUCGCUCCACCGCCGAAGCCCAACAUCAGGCCCCCUGCGGCCUCAGCCUGCAGUCGUGCAUCGACGAGUCCACCUCCGCCGCCCGCCAUCUCAUCAACCUCGCUCACGACGUCUACUUCCGCCGCUUUCCCGACGCGCGGUAUGACAGCGCGCUCGUUUGCUCCCUGGUCUCCGCGUGCGUGACACUUCUGUACGAUGUCCUGAGCUCAGGUACCGACCACGAGCGCACCCGCCAGACCUUCGCCGUCGUCGACCGCGGCAUCCAGUGUCUUGAUGAAGUCGAACACGCUGGAUACACGACAGGAAAGGCAAUGAGUUUGGAUCUGAUGAAGAUCGCCAAGCAGGCUGUUCAGGCUGCUGAUCCGGUCGUGGAUACCAGUCAGUCGCUGGUGGAUUCAUUUCCGUGGUUAGACAACUUCCAAUGGACAGCAUCGUCCGUUCCGAACGGGACCGCCCCUCCGACCCCACUAGAAUUCCCCCAAGAUGUAGACUUUCCGGGGAUAGGCACGUUGGCCGGGGAUGUCGCCGGGCUGAUGGGGUCGGAAGUGAAUUAUCUGUGGUUGGCGCAUGGGUUCGAGCCGAGUGCGAUUCCGGAAUGUUUGUAUUGAGGAUUAAUGAAUCCAUCAUAUGUUUGGAUGAUACACAAUUGGGAGGUUGUCAUAAGUUGGUCUGGAUGAGGCGUUUGGUUCAUGAUUAGAUACGUAUAACUUCUAUUCUUAUAGAAUUAUCUACCGUGGA